UCCGUCUCCGGCAGCAACAUUUCACGGUGGUCACGGCAAGGACGGCUUCUCAUUGGCGGAUGAAACUUUAAUCCAAUCACAUCGUUUCUUAUUUCAACGUGUUGGACCAUUCGUCGAAUCGGAGCCCUUUCUCGUUCCCUCACGGCCCAUAUAGCGCCCACGUUUCUACACGAGCAACAGAGCUAGCAGAGACUUUGAGUAUGUUAGUAUGGCGGCUGAAAACUCUGUGGUAUCUCUCCACGAAACACCUUUCCAUCGACGAUCAGAUGCCGACCAGAAGCGGCUGAAGGACUUGGGACCCGAUCGUCCGGAUUUAAAAAUUCAGCAGCAAACCAAAGACCGCGGGAGGACGUACAACCGGAGCUUCUCCUCGAGCCUAUAUGCGAACCGGAGCUGGUUAGCUGGAUGCUCGGUGAGUAAUGCGUUCUUUUGUUUCCCCUGCCUGUUGUUUCAAAGUCCUGGGACUGAAGCAAUGUGGAAGACAACGGGCAUGAGGGAUCUAAAGCACUUCAGCGAGAAGUGUAAGAAACACGAGUCUAGCCGCAGCCAUCUUGCAAACAGCAUGAAGCUAACCCUGUUAGGAAGACUGAGCCUCGCAGAGCAGCUCGACGCAGGAUACCGGAUCAGCGUUCGAACACACAACGAGGAAGUCCGGAAAAACAGACUCAUUCUCUCACGAAUCAUGGACUGUGUGAAGUUCUGUGGAGCAUCUGAGUUGGUGGACGUCGUUGCCUCAUUUGAGAAUGCACUGAAAGAGCAUCUGGAGAGCGCGACUGUGUUCAAGGGAACAUCCCAAACGGUCCAGAAUGAGCUGCUUGACUGUAUGCUGUCUGUCGUGAGGGAACAGAUCAUCAGUGAAGUUAAAAGCAGCGAUUUCCUAUCGAUCCAAGCAGAUGUGACCACGGGCAUUGGCACGCAAAGCCAACUUGUGCUUGUGCUCCGCUACAUCAAUGGAGCCAAUGUGGAGGAACGGUUCUUUGAGUUCCUCCCUCUGCAGUCGGCGACAGCGGAGAGCAUCGCCGUGGCAUUGAAGGACCGCCUCGCCGCCAUCCUCCCAGGUGAGCAGAGAAGUAAACUCAUCUGCCAGGCAUAUGACGGUGCCAGUGUAAUGAGGGGUGCCAUUUCAGGUGUUCAGAAGAGAAUCCAGGAUGACUACCCACAUGCCCACUAUAUCCACUGCUAUGCCCAUCAGCUCGAUCUCAUAAUGCAACAGGCCACCUCUCACCUAGUCAAAGUCAGAAACUUUUUUUCCGACCUGGGUGGAUUUGAUGUGUUCUUUACAAGCUCUUCCAAGCGGACCGAUGUCCUUGAUGAAACACUGGCCCGGAGACUGCCAACAGCCAGAAAUGUGAAGUGGAACUUUCACAGCUGUGCCGUCAAUACUGUGUUUGUGCAUAAAUAUGACCUCAUUGAAUGCUUUGGAAGAAUUCGAGCAUCAGGUGGAUUUGAUGACAAGACCAGCCAAGAAGCAGGAGGCCACAUCAGGCUACUGGAGGAUCCUGAUUUCAACUUCUUCCUUCACCUGUUUAAUCGGAUAAUGCCACACGUGGACCUCCUCUAUGCCAAGCUCCAGAAGAGAAACAUAGAUUCAGUCCAUAUCAAUGCAUGCAUCCAGCAGUUCCAAAAGGACAUAAACACAAUCAGAGAUUUAAGCAAUGCGAUGGUGGAGCAACACAGUGGCUCUGAGGCGCCGAGGAAGCGCCGGGCUAAAAAGGAAGAUGACCUUGGAAGGAUUGCUGAAGAGGUUUGUGACACCAUAAUCGGACACACCAGGGAACGCUUUGCCUUCAUCGACCACCUCAUCAGUGCCACCCUACUGCAGGGCCCCCAGUUUGAAAGCUACGUCAAUGUAUUCCCUGAAGUUGCUCUGGCCACCACAUUGAAGGCCUAUCCCAUGCUCAAAGGAAGUAAGCUGAAGACGGAGCUGAGCCUCAUCUAUGGCACGGAGGAAUUUCGACCCUGUUGUGGCGCUGUGGAUCUUUUACAGUUGUUCAUGGAAAAUAAUCUCUCGGAGGCAUUUUCAGAGACACAAACACUGCUGAAAAUCCUCAUCACGACUCCCAUGACCACUGCUGAGGCUGAGAGGUGUUUUUCAACACUGAAAAGGCUUAAAACCUUUCUCAGGAACACCGUGACUCAGGAGAGACUGAAUGCCUUAGCCAUGCUCUCAAUGGAAAAAAGGCUCGUCACAGACAUGAUGGACUUUAACCACAGAGUCAUUGACAAGUUUUCCAACUUGAAAGAGAGGAGGGCUAAAUUUCUUUACAAGUAGUGGGGCCUACUCUGUGAUGUCUCUCUUUCUGAAUCUAUUCGGCUCUAAACUUUUCAUGUGAUGGUGUGGGCACCUCUUUUAUUAUUAUAAACCAUUCUGCUUUGAACUUCUCAUGCCCAAAGUUACAUUUUGUUAAUAGUUGUUAUUGGACAGUGUUGAGCACUGUUUUCUUGAAAUAAAGCUUUGUUUGUCACAAUA